UGAGAACCCCCUAUGUAAAAAAAGAAGAAAACUCACUUCGGCGCGUCUUCAAUCUUUGAAUCGCUCGUGUUAACUCUCUGAUCGUUUGUUAUAUAAUAUACCCUUUUAAAAUAUAUGUAGUACCUAUCCAUAUCACCUUAAUGUUUCGACGACUUUGGACGGGGCUACGUAGCCCAGCCACCACCAACGUCUCUAAAAUAUGGCCACGUCCGCAGUCUCGAACCUCCUUUUUCACCUCGAGGACAGCGUAUCGACAACAUGGCUCAGGAACCCGCCGAUCGCAGCCCAAAGUCUUGCAUGCAGGGGUAUACGGCAUUAUAGCUAUGGACAUUGCCUUGCUGGUGACAGAUGAAUCCAUGAGCCUCAAAGAAAGAUCAGAUCUCGCUAUCCGGACUAUCGAUCAUAUCACUGAUGCGCCGGAUGAUGCCACUAAGCUCCGACGCUUCUGGGAGACGGGGCAGUCGCUGCUUGAGAAGUACUCAGGCGCCGCUGUGGAACACCACGGCCAUCUAAGGCUGGACCAGUUCGGGGAUGAUCAACUCGAGGCCCGAUUGAUGGUUGCGCCUGAUCCUGACGUUCCGGGGGGAUCCUUCAUCCUCUGUCAAGCUGCGCUCUUUGAAGAAUUACGGCCGUACGAGAACCGAGCUGGGCAAGCCCUGCUAUCUGCCACCGAAGCCUUCGCGCAGCAUCGCGACGGGCUGGCGCGUGGUGUGCUGUUAAUGAUAGAUAUGACUUGUGGUGAUUGCGCGACCCUAUACUUCGAUGGGAAGAGGUGGUUUAAUAUUGCAUUUUUCCAGUUUGUGUCGCCGCAGGAUCUAGGCUACAGCCCAAGAUAGGAAUUGCUUGCUUCAUCGUCUCUUGCCUUGCUCGUUGACUUUGCGGUAUGAGGACAUUACGUGGAAAAUCGGUAUUCGAGGAGUUCGGGGACAUACAUGGUGUAAUAUAUAGAGGUCACAUAUAGUAAGUUAUAGCGCAUUGAAUUUUAUAGAGAAACAGACACGUCGAUAUGGCAAGCAAAACAUACCUAGGUCAGAUGGGAAAAGGGGGUCAGUCAUAAUACGCUAUCUAGUUACCUCUAUGGUAUGUACCUAACC